UCUGAUUAAAUCAGAGCUUUCAGUUUUUAUACUCAUAGUUUGUCAGUCGAUCACGCACUUCAUCUUUUUGAUCCAAUUCUUUCGAAGAGAUGGAAAAUAGAACGAACAUCAAAGUAUGCAUGUUCGUUCAACUCGACAAGGCUGCAGUACAAGACGCGUACGCAAGCUACAUCGCAAAUAUCGUGCUAAAUAGCAGUCUGGCUCUACCGACUAUAAUCUUCAACUUCAUCGUCCUUGGCGCGAUCUGGAAGACAACUUCAUUACAUACUCCUUCCAACAUGCUAAUCUUCAGCCUUGCCUUGUCGGAUUUUCUUAUUGGGGCGAUAACUGAGCCUUUCUACGUGGCGUAUAAGGCCUCUGAGAUUAACGAUAAAUUUGAUGAAUAUUGCGAAAUAGGAAUACAAGUGGUUGCGCUUUUUUUCAUUUAUUUCCUGGCUGCAGUUUCCUUUGCUACACUGACUGUGAUGAGUAUAGAUCGAUAUCUUGCGAUUCAUCUGGGAAUGCGUUACCGUUUAGUUGUCACGCCGUCUCGGGUGGCAAAAACAUUGGUAUUGCUGUGGCUGUUUGGGAUUUUACUAAGUUCGUUACAGCUUUUUCUUGCCCCUAAGAUGUUUUCCAGGGUCGCAUCAUUGUUGAUGGCCUUGUUCCUCGCAAUCAUGUGUUUCGCGUAUAUCAAGGCAUUCAGAGCUCUCAAGCAACACCAGUCACAAAUGGCAUCCAAUGCCAGCCAAUCCUAUAUGUCCAAAAUCCGCAUCGAAAAAUUCAGGAGGACUUUGUAUGCCGUGUUGUACAUCCUAGGCCUUAUACUACUCUGCUAUGUCCCUCAUUUCUGCGUCUUCAUCGCCAUAUCAGCCACGGGACUGAACAGCGCAACAAGAGCAGCCAAAAACCUCGCCAAUCCGUUUGUUCUCGCCAACUCGUGUUUAAACCCUCCUCUAUACUGGUGGAAGAUCAAAGAAAUCCGUCGUGCUUGCCGCAAUGUCUUCUGCAAAACCUUUAGUGGUCGGGACAACUAUUCUACUACUUCAGACAACGGGGUCUUUGGGAAUAACAAGAUGGCUACGCAAUCAAGCAGUGGUGGGGCGCUGGAACUUUCCUUAGUAGCUGAGCCAAAAGUAUAUGCCGAUAAGAAACUUUAGGGUUAUACAGAGCUAGAUUUAAAAAAACAUUGAUCAAGGUAUUCUAGGCAAUACAUUUGAUCGUGGACGGAAUUGUGCGAGCUAAGUCUUCGUCAGUCUGCCAUGCCAGUUGGUUGGGUGAGAAGCCUUUUAUGCUUAUCGCCUAUUAUGUAAUUCUCCAAAACUUAAAAACUAAGAGCAUUUUAUAGCUUUGAAACGUAUAUCAUGUCAUUCCCGGUCAGUUAACUCUGUAGUAAGGGUAUUGAAAAAGAUAUUUCGACUACAGCAAAGUUGUUUAUAGAGCCGGCAAAUUUAAGUAAAGCACAGGCUUCUAAGUGCAAUAUCAUAUAUAUGCGCAGUAAUGCAUAAGAAUGGGUGUCAGCUCCAGGGCAAUAUCAUAGUAGUUUAACAUUAAUUAUAUUAAUAUGAUCGAAAUUCUGCUUUUAUUUAAUUUGACAUUUGCUGCGAAGCGUGCAAGAAAUAAUUCCUAUAAUUUAGAUAAACAGAUACAUUGUAGUGAAAUGGUGUAAUACACAUCAAUGAUACCUUAAAAUAUUUAUGAGAAACUAUUCGUUGAAUUUACCCUCAGUUUUACAGCUUCAUUAACUAACAGCUUACUUACUAAAGUGUCAGUAAAAGUUAUUUCGCAUUAAAAACCUUUGCCUCAA